AUGAUGGGCGCGCCUGCCGUCGUGCGGGCGAGCCGCCGCCUUCUGGGCACCGUUGCAGCUUUGGCAUUCCUAGCACUUUGCCUCUGCACCGCGGCGCGGCGAGAACCCCACAGUCGCGCCCCUGGCGGCCUGCUCGAUCUCCCAGGGCCACCCCCGGAGGCCGGGCCCGCUCUGCGCGGCGGCGCGGCGCCAGCGGGACGUGCGGGGCGCCACCUCAGGCAGAGGAAAGAGGCAUACGUUGCCUUGAUCUACACGGACAACUUCCUGCUCGGCACGCGCGUUCUCGGGCAAAGCAUCCGCGACACCGGCACCAACAGGGAUCUGGUGGUCCUCGCGACCGAGGCUGUGUCCGACACGGUCGCUUCGAUCCUCGAGGGCGACGGCUGGAUCGUCAAGCGCAUCGCGACCAUCGCCAACCCCGGCACGGGCCCCUCCGCCGUCGGGAAGAACAACUUCCCCGCCAAGUUCUGGGGGGUGUAUUCGAAACUGACGGUCUGGAACCUCGUCGAGUACGACAAAGUGAUCUACCUGGACAGCGACAUCCUCGUCACGCAGAACAUCGACGAGCUGUUUGCGUGCCCGGGCCUGUGCGUGGUCGUGCGGCACUCCGAGCGCUUCAACUCGGGCGUCAUGGUCCUCGACCCGUCCGCGGAGGUGUUCGACGACAUGCUCGCCAAGAUCUCGCAGCUCCAGUCCUACACCGGCGGCGACCAGGGAUUCCUGAACGAAUACUAUUCCGAGUUUGUCGAAGCCCCUAUCUUCCAGCCAAGCGGGCCGAAGCUCGACCCGAGCCUGCGCACGGCGCGCCUCACGACGGGGUACAACGGCGACAUCGGGCUGUACAUCCUGAACUCGGGCCGCUGGAUGAUUCCGGAGAGCCAAAUCAAGGUCCUUCACUUCACGCUAGGACCCCUCAAGCCCUGGGACUGGUGGUCUGGGUUCAUCAUGGAGCAGGUCAAGGACUGGAACGCGUGCAGGGCGCGGCUGGCGCCGAUCCCGCUCAGCGCGUCGCUCGCGACAGGCGUCGGCCUGGGCGACGCCUUCGCGCGGCUGGUGCUCGUCCCGCUGCCGUGGCUCGUGGCACUGUGGGCGAUUAUCGUCAACAACAAGAAGCCCGGAUUCAAACUGGCGCUGAUGCAGCUCGGACAGUCCGCAGUCAACAUGCCUUCGUCGCUGCGCAAGUCCGUGGUGUUCUUCAGCGACUGGACGUCGCGCUCGCCGUCGCUGAUCCCGGAGUACCCCGGCGGCUGGAGACUCCCCCCCCGGUUCCACCUGACCUCGGGGGUUGUGGGCAUCACCUCGCUGCUCGCGGCGGCCCUCGCGGCGCUCUGGAUCAUCCCUUCGACCAUCGAGCCCUUCUACGGCUACCUCCUCACGUACCAGUGGGUCACCUUCAUCUUCCUAGCCUUCUUUUCCCAAUACCUGCGCCUCUGCAUGACCCUGGGAGCCAGGUCCCGGUCCUCCAGCGACCGGGGCAGCCCGCUGAGCUCGGGACGCGCCGCGGGCGGCCUCCCCUGGACAGACACGCUCUCGUGCUACAUCGCCAUCGUCGCGACGGGCUCCCUCAUUCCCCUGGGUCCGUAUCUGCUGGGGGUGCGGCAGUUGUUUCCGAAACUAGGAAUGGUCGUGUUCGGGAUCAUGGUGGAGCUCUGCGUGCUGAACUACGCGAUGCUGCAGCUGCCAGGGAAGUGGUUCUUCGCCGGCCGCAUGUCCGCGUGA